AUGCAGGACUCCGUCUCACAAUUGACGCCUUGCGACGGAACAGCCAAAUCAGAGUACUGGUGUUGUGGAGACAGCGACGCGUGCUGUUCGGCCUCCGCUGAUGCGCUGGUCUCGAAGAGAAUCAGGAUUCCGAAGGAACUCGGAGGCGAGCAAGUAGCUUCUGCGAGUGCGGGGCCGGCUUCGCCAAGUGCUGGACCGGCUUCCUCCCGCGUGGGCACAGCUUCUUCGAUCGGGAGCACGAUAACUAGGAGUGCAGCACCGGUAGCGACGGGGACGGGAACGGGCGAGGAACCCACGCCAUCGUCCGACGCAGCGAACCUGUCCGGCCAGAACGAGGAGAAGAAAGAUGAGGGCAAAUCGAACUCGGGACGCAAUAUCGGUAUCGGCGUAGGUGUCGGCGCUGGAGUCGGUGCUCUGCUAGGUAUUGCAGUGACCAUGCUACUGCGAAGACGGAAGUCAAAGCAGAAGACUCGGGAGAUUGAAAACGAGAUUGCAGAAGAGAGGCAGAAGCAGGAUCUAGCCAAAGGGUACCACCACGUGGCUGAGAUGCCGCAUCAGGAACCGGUAUGUUGA